AUGGAGUCCGAUUCUCAACAGAAUUGGAGGUUUUGUCAGUGCUUCGGGGACAAGGCAGAGGAUGGCGAUAUCACCGAGGCCGAUAUCAUCUCUACUGUCGAGUUCGACCAUACCGGAGACUACCUGGCGACCGGAGACAAGGGUGGACGGGUGGUGUUGUUCGAGAGGAACGAGUCGAAAAAAGGAUGCGAGUACAAGUUCUACACGGAGUUUCAAUCGCACGAGCCGGAAUUCGAUUACCUGAAAUCCCUAGAGAUCGAAGAGAAGAUCAACAGGAUCAAGUGGUGCAAGCGACAGAACCAGGCCCAUUUUCUGCUCUCUACCAAUGACAAGACAAUCAAGCUGUGGAAGGUCUUCGAGAAGCAGAUCAAGAUUGUAGCCGAGAACAACAUGUCGGAUGGGUAUCGACCGCAAGUGGGGCCCAUCCCCGGUGUGACCCCUUCACAACUCCGUUUGCCUCGAAUGGUGCCGCAUGAAAACAUCGUGGCUGCCGUACCUCGGAAAGUGUAUGCCAACGCUCACGCUUAUCACAUCAAUUCGAUCUCGAUCAACUCGGAUGGCGAGACAUACAUCUCGGCGGAUGAUUUGCGAGUGAACCUGUGGAACCUGGGCAUCAGCGAUCAGAGUUUUAACAUCGUCGAUAUCAAACCCGUCAACAUGGAAGAGUUGACAGAGGUCAUCACCGCUGCCGAGUUCCACCCAAUAAACUGCAACAACUUCAUGUACUCGAGCUCAAAGGGUACCAUCAAGCUCGCAGAUAUGAGGGCCCGGGCGUUGUGUGACGACCAUGCGAAAUUGUUUGAGGAAGAGGAAGACCCGACAAACAAGUCGUUCUUCUCGGAGAUCAUCUCAUCCAUCUCGGACGUCAAGUUCUCCAAGGACGGCAACCAGAUUUUGUCUCGGGAUUACCUGACACUCAAGAUCUGGGACGUCCGAAACGAGAAGCAGCCGGUCAGGAAAAUCAACAUUCACGAGCAUUUGAAGCAGAAGCUGUGUGAUCUGUACGAGAAUGACUGCAUCUUUGACAAAUUCGAGUGCACGUUCAGCGGUUCGGGAGACCAAGUAUUGACGGGAUCGUACCACAACUAUUUCCGUAUAUACGACGUCAACGAGACCGGUGACAAGGACACGGUCUUGCAAGCGGACAAGUCGGCCUUCAAGGCCAAGAAGAUUGGAGGCCCAAAGAAUGCGCAAAAGGGCGCGCCAGGAGCGACUGGAAAGAAGGACGGUCUGCUGACAGAAGGCAUCGACUUUGCAAAGAAAAUCUUACAUGGCAGUUGGCACCCACAGGAAAACACCAUCGCUAUUGCUGCUACGAACAACCUGUUCUUGUAUUCGACCCAAUCCUAG